AUGUCCUCAUCGUCAUCUGCCCUGCCGACACCAAGGCAGCUCCUCACCUCCAUCCUGAACGCCAUCUCCCAGAUCCCAGCGCCCACGGCACCGACCACGAAAAAUGAGCGGGCGCAGGGCAGCAGUGCGAUAACCAGGACGGGAUCGUUGCAGGCGCACGAACCAGCGACGAACCCCCUCAGGCUGGUAGAUCACAAGUACCGGCCCCUCUUCACGACCCUACACGUCCUGUUCCCUUCACUCCUGCUGCCAGCGCUGGACCUGUUGGACAGAGGCCUCGUGACGCGCCUAUUGAGCCCUGGAGAGGACACCACGCCCGCAGAAGUAAGCGGCCAGGAUGACGACCAACCUCACGAGUCAAGGCAGGAGGAUGAAGGCGAUGUGGAAAUGCGCGACCCUCCCGCGCCACCUACAACACCAGCAUCAAUGGUGUACCUAGUCCGCUCAGCACAGAAGCCGGCCCGGCGCCCCUACGGCGGCGGCGAACUAUCGACAACAUCUGCGCCCGGCAGCAGUAGCAGCAGGACCUACAUCGUGCACACGGCGGCGUGGAACUGCACGUGCGCGGCGUUCGCCUUCGCGGCGUUCCCGCCCCUCACGGGCCCUUCCCUCCUCACUCCAGCACAGGCAGAGCCGCAAGACGGUGCGCGCCAGGCAGACCUCAUGUCAGCGAUGGCCAUGGCGGACGACGUCGAGGGCGGGACGGACGGGGAGGAGGAAGGGGGAUCUGCGUGGCAGUUCGGCGGGGCGAGCUUCGACGGCACGGGCGCCGACGUCAACGGUGGAGGAGGCGUGCCGCCGUGCUGUAAGCACCUUCUCGCAUGUGUCCUUGUGGAGCGCUGGGGCCGUGGCCUGGGGAGCUAUGUGGCCCAGAGGGAGGUAGGGAGGGAGGAGAUGGCGGGUGUGUUCGCGGAUAUCUGA